UUGUCUUUUGAUGUUGUUACUUCCAUCAGUCUUUCCUUUCCAUGACGGUCCCCGUUUUCAUCUUCGCAACAUCGUCGUACUCUAGCCCACGCUCUUUCUUCGAUCUCUCUCCCCUUUCUUUUUCCCCCGUUGCUCUUUGAGGCAAAAUCCGCUCCACGUCUGCUUCUUGUUUGAGCCUUUAAGCGAAGGAUCUCGUGCGUUGAUGUGUGUCUGUAACCCAUUCACAAAACCCAUGAAGCGAUUCUCGAGCUAAGCCCAACUCCGCGAGGAGCUCGAAGAUGGCUUCGCCAUAGCGGUAGCAGCUGCUGCUGCUGCAAGCGAAAGCAAGUACUUUUCUUUCUUUUUUGUGCUGUUAAGCAGAUAAAAGGACGUGCCGUAAUUGCACCUCGAUCGAGCGAGUCAGUGAGUCCAGUUACCGUGUGACUGAGUGAGUGGGUGGGAUGGGUUCCGAGCAGAUUAGAAUUCCUCAACAGCAGCAAGAACGGCGAAAAAGAUGGGGAGGAUGCCUCGGUGCUUUUUCUUGUUUUGGUUCUCAGAAAGGUGGAAAACGUAUAGUUCCUGCAUCUCGUAUUCCAGAGGGAAAUGCUGCAGCAAACCAGCCAAACAGACCUCAAGCCAUUGUGUUGGCUAACCAAGGGACAGCACUAGUUCCCUCUCUUCUUGCACCUCCUUCUUCACCAGCAUCCUUUACAAACUCUGCUCUCCCUUCAACAGCUCAAUCACCUAGUAGUUUCUUAUCUUUAUCAGCCAACUCACCUGGUGGCCCUUCAUCCACAAUGUUUGCCACGGGGCCCUACGCUCAUGAAACACAACUUGUUUCUCCUCCUGUUUUCUCAACCUUUACAACUGAGCCAUCAACUGCUCCCUUCACUCCUCCGCCAGAGUUGGCCCAUUUAACCACACCCUCCUCACCGGAUGUUCCUUAUGCACAGUUUCUUUCAUCUUCAAGGGGCCUCAAAGGUGCCGAUAGGAGCAGUUACCUUGCUGGGAACGAUCUUCAGGCAAAUUAUCCACUUUGCCCUGAAAGCCCUUCCAGUAGUAUGCGAUCACCCGUUUCGAGGAUAUCCAGUGGUGGGUUAUCAUCAUCUUUUGCAGAAAGGGAGUUCCCUCCGCAGUGGGACCCAUUGGCUUCUCCUCAACGUGGGAAGUAUCCGGGAAGGGGUUCUGAUCGGUUAUAUGAGCAAGACAAUGCAAGCGGCUCUGCAGUCACACACGAUACUAAUUUCUUCUGCCCGGCUACAUUUGCUGAAUUUUAUCUUGAUCAUAAUCCUCCAUUCCCUCAUACUGGUGGCAGAUUAAGUGUUUCCAAGGAUUCAGAUGUCGCUUAUAAUGGCAGCAGUGGAUACCAGAAUUGGCAAAACAAUAGAAGUCCCAUGCAGGAUGCUGACGAAAUAGAAGCCUAUAGAGCAUCCUUUGGGUUCAGUGCAGAUGAAAUGAUUACCACGAACCAUUAUGUGGAGAUUUCUGAUCCAAUGGACGAUUCCUUCAGCAUGACUCCAUUUGCAUCCAGUAACUCUUCUGGGGCGACUCUACAGCCUGUAUUGGUAGGUGAAGAACAAAAAGCAGAGAAAACACAUAUUACACUGCUAACUUCAAGAAGUCUUGGAGUGGAACCAGAUCCCCUUAACAGAGAUGCACGCUUUGAAGUGUCAUCUUCAUGCAACAAUCAUAGAGAACUGAAACCGGGGAGGCCAAGCUCGGAUGCAUCUGGAUUGAGCAUUCCCAUUAACCACACAGACGAUGAGAAUAUACUUUGGAGGAUGCGGUCAUCCAGAAGUUGUCGAAAGUACCAUUCAGGUUUGUCUAGCUCGGAUGCUGAGAUUGAGUAUAGGAGAGGAAGAAGCUUAAGAGAAGGAAGAAGAGAUUUUGCAUGGCGUCGCUGAUGACUGAGCUUGAAGAUAUUUGCUGCUCAUAGUUAACUAGUUUCAAGACUCUAGGCUUCUUUUGUCACUUGAUACUCUUUGGGAUUCUUUCCAUAUUGGUAGGUGGAAUGCUUCGACCUUUGUCCCUUGCGCUUGAUCUUGUUUCUUCUCCCGCGCUCUGUAUGAUUCACUAGUUUAUGUUCUAUACAAGGUACAUAGCGAUGCAUCAGAUCAUACAUAUUUUAUCAAGCUGUGAUGUAAGUGCACAAAAACACUUUAAUUUGCAUCUCUUGGCUCAAAUCUUAGUGCUAGUUGGGGCGAGAGCAAAGAUCGUUUGCUCAGGUAACCUUCUUUCUAUUUUUAUAUGUGACUCUCA